AUGCAGCCUCUAAGUAAAUCCUUCAUAGAGAUAAAACCGUUCAGCUCCAAAAUUUUGAAAAAUAUCAAGAAAAUUCAUCAAAAUAAUAUACCUGGUAAAAAUAUCGUCAGCAAUACUGUUAAAAACACGAGUCCGCGCAACGGGACCGACUUGUCUUCUCGUUUGAAAAUAUCUUUAUUAAAAUUUCCUGGGUUGAUCGGCCAUGCCACUUCCAGGGUUAACAGAUUAUACAACGAUGAUACAUAUUCAAUAAACAUUCUACGUCAUUUUUAUGGUCCUACUUCCAAUCACCCUGUAUUAAAUAUGUCUUUGUUUGAUGGGCAUGGAUUCGAUGGUAAGGCCUGUGCCAAAUUACUUUCGCAGAAAUUACAUUUAACGUUGCUUGAUAACAACCAUGGAGAUAAUUCGAAAAUGGGCAAGCACGAUUUCUUCCAAUUAUUGGAACGUUACUCCAAGGAAAUCGGUGGGACAUAUUGGAAUAAACUGUACCAGAAUAGAGAAAAUUUUUAUAAUAAAUAUAUACAGCAUUGCAACACAAAACAAGAACAGGUAUUGUUUGAUUCGGAACAGUUGGGUUCAAGAAUGUUGUUUGACAAAUUUGGUAAUUUAAUAGAUAAAAAUUCUUUACUGAAUGAAUAUACAAGGUUAAAAUUUUUCUAUAAUUUUUUAAAGUUCGACCUAGAGCAAUGUUGCACUUUGCAUGGAGGAUCCACUGCAUCUUCCAUAUUUAUAUCUCCUUACUCCACUUCAUCAACUAUCUCUCCUUCUUCUUCUUCCUCCUCCCCAUCCUUCAUUAACGAUGAAUCAUUCUUCAUAAAUCCACCAGGAUUGUUAAAAUUAGUAGUCACGCAAGUUGGCGAUUCCCGCAUCAUUAUCUGUGAUUCGAAUGGGAUCGCACAUAAUUUGUCUCAACCACAUCACCCUUCCAAUAAAAGAGAAUCUCAAAGAUUAGGCCGUUUAUUGGAUCCACCAGAUUUGGACGCAUUUGGUCAAACAAGAUUUCUAAAUAACUAUGCAAAUACAAGAUCUUUUGGCGACAUUAUGGUCAAAAGAGAAGGACUCUCUGCAGAACCAGAUAUCUACUCUUACCUCAUUGGAAAUACAAAAAAUUUACCAUACAGUGAGAAAUCAAAAUUGCAAUUCGGUGGUGACGAAUGUUUUAUUAUGAUGGUCACUGAUGGCGUGACAGAUUUAUUAUCUGAUCAAGAAUGCGUCGAUUUAGUUACCACAACCUUUAAUCUAAGAGGAAUGAAAGUAGCAACACCACAGUACGUGGCAAAUGAAGUAAUUGAAUUCAUCACCACAAUUGCUAAUAAAGAUGCGGACAACGCUACUUGUCUAGUGCUUAGAUUGCCAAAUUGGGGCAAUUGGCCAACUAUAGAUAGAACAGGGGCAUCAAGAGAAUCCAAACUACUUAAAAUAUCAUUAACAUAA